AUGGCGAAGAAGAGCGGGACAGCCAGCGGACUCGCUGCCCAGCCCCAUCUGGCCACCAACCACACCAUGGACUGCCUCUUCAGCGACCCACGACUCAAGCAGCACCAUCGACAGCAGCUGCCCACGAAACGGACACCCUCCACCCCACUUACCAAGCGAAAGAACCACGACAAUCCCCAAGCCAGCCAGAAGAACAGCAACCCUUCAGAUAACAAAAAAACUAGCGGUAUCCAAAAGGAUACCAAAACUGAACCAAACCAUAAGAAGCCGGAACCGAACCGCAAACAAGCGGGGCAGAACGACCACAAGGCUGAACUGAACAGUACCAAGGCGGGGCAGACCGACCACAAGGCUGAACUGAACAGUGCCAAGGCGGGGCAGACCGACCACAAGGCUGAACUGAACAGUGCCAAGGCGGGGCAGAACGACCACAAGGCUGAACUGAACAGUGCCAAGGCGGGGCAGACCGACCACAAAGCGGGGGAGAACGACCACAACGCUGGACGGGAUGGCCACAAAGCUGGCCUGAAAGACGAUAAAGCUGGACUGAAAGACAAUAAAGCUGGACUGAAAGACAAUAAAGCUGGACUGGACGAUCACAAGCCUAAACAGAGCGAUAACAAAGCUGAAGAUAGCCAGAGCGACGGCAAACCGCACGAGAUCACCAAGACUCGAGCCGAUGGCGAGAGCGAGACCAGGAGCCGGGCGACGAACCACCAGGACUACCAACAGCACCCGAUCAUCCCGCGCUGCGUAGACAAGACGGUGGCGCCCUACUCGGCCAGCCACCCGUUGCAUGCCGAGCCGGCGGCCCGCAAGCUGACCAGCUCGGCCAAGCUCGUCGCCGCCCAUCGCAGCAUGUUCAAGCCCUGGUUCACCGACCAGGACCCCGCGCGUUGGCCGUUCGUGAAGCAGGAGCCCCAGCUCAGAGUCAUCUAUCCCACCGGCGCCCAUGAGCUCUUUCCCCUGCUCGUGCCCAAGAACGACCAAGACGAAUAUCGGCCACUGGAUGACCUCUUAAACGUCAUUACCACCACGCUUACAUACUACCUCACGCCCCAGCAAUCCCUCCACUUCUUCUCCGAGCCCCACCCGAUCACAUCCCACUCCGCAUCGGCCUCACAUACCCAGCCUCACGACUUCAGUUUCCUGAACCGGCGCUCGCAGGACCGGUCGUCGCCGGAGACGGGGGGGACGUCGACGCUGCCGAAGAUCCCGCUUUCGGACCCGUCGCUGGACCUGAGCGGCAAGCCGUUACUAAAGGAGCUUCAGCGGGCGGUGCGGCGGAAGAACGGGCCACUGUUUCUGGGGCUGGUGGGGUGGUACAACCGGGUGAUCAAGCAUCUGAUCGACGGGGGGAUGAUCGGGCGACAGAUCGCGGGAUUCGUGGGCAUGCCGCAGGGCGUCUGGGAGACGAUCCUGGGGCAGACGUAUGACCGCCAAGUCGGCCCCCAGUUGGAGCUCUUGCAGGGCUACGAGACCUGGAGCAGCAAUGUCUAUGGCGAGCUCAAGCCCCGGUUCGUCUCCGAGAUCAUCCGGCUCGUCGGCCUCCGCCCCGGCAUGGUCUUCCUCGACCUCGGCUCAGGCAUCGGAAACAUCGUCCUCCAGGUCGCCCUCGAAGUCGGCUGCGUCGCCGUCGGCUUCGAAAUCAUGGACGGAUGCGCUACCCUCGCCAACCAUCAGUGUCGCGAGGUCGUCGGCCGCGCCCAUUCGCUCUGGGGAGUCAGCCCCGGCGCGCCCCUGCUCUUCCAGGCCGACUUCACUAAAGACCCUCGGGUCGGCCAAUGGCUGCGACAGGCGGAUGUGGUCCUCGUGAACAACCAAGUCUUCACGCCCGACCUGAACGAGUCCCUGAGUCUGCUGUUCCUGGAGCUGAAAGACUCGGCGAAGAUCGUGUCCUUGAAGCCGUUCAUCUCGAGCUCCUUCAAGCUCAACCAACGCAACCUGCACUCCCCGCUCGCCAUCCUCACCCGGCCUGCCCUCCGCCCCACGCCCCCCUCCACCCUCAUCUCGACGAGCCCCGGCGUCUACAAGUACCCCUCGAACUCCGUCAGCUGGACCGAUAACCCCGGCGAAUUCUUCCUCUCCGUCGUCGAUCGCUCCCAGCUCAUCAACUUCCAAUCCUCGCUCAACUCCCAGUAA